GAGCUGGAGGUCUUCAAAGCUACAAUGGAAUACUUUCGGCAAGCUGCAAAUCGUUAUCAAACAAAACAACUAGAGCUUAUUGAAAACGAAAAAGCUAUUGAGUUGGCUAAAAUGGAAUAUAUCAAGGUUACCCAAACUCGAAACCACGUAAACAAUGAAGGUCCAUCGUUUAAUAACCGAAAAUCUGGCAGAU